CAAAGGGAGAGAUCAAUGAGGAGGAGAGCAAUAUCCCGCCCACUCGCAUCUCCUUCGCAGCCGGCGCGUUUUUCAUGCUUGGACAGCAGCAGCAGCAGCGAGAGCCGGCGGCCUGCAAGACAGGGAGUGUGGGAGGCGGCCGCAGGGCAUGCAGGUCCCUGCCACCGUGGAAGCGGGCGCCACUUCCUCUCCCAAGCCGGGAGCCAGCCUCCCUCCGUCCGCCUGGUUCCGUCGCUAGGGGCUGUUAAUUUGCAGCUCUCUGCUUUGCGGGAGGGAGGAUGUAUUCAAGCAGUUUAGCGGUGCUGUGGCUUCUCUUUGAAAUACAGUUCAAGUAUGCACCUGUGGCAUGUGUGGGUCAAACUGUGGUUGCGAGCCAGCCCUUCCUCCUUCCCUCCUUGCACUCAGAGUUGCUGGACUUCACGGACAACAGUGAAUAUGAUAUUGUGACGGCAUAUGAAGUAGACCAAAAUGGGGAGUAUGUGAGUCAUGCAAUUGCACACCAUGAAAGGAGGAAGAGAUCGACUUCAGGGGGAGGAGCUGACUUGCUACAUCUUCAUUUCCAUGGGUUUGGUCAUCACUUCCAGCUCGACCUUAAGACUUCAAAUUUUCUUGUUGCCCCUGGAUUUACAAUACAAACACUGGGCAAAGGGAGAACCAAGUCAAUACACACCUACCCAGUAGAAGACUUUUGCUUUUAUCAAGGUGUCUUACGAUUGCACAAAAACUCAUCUGUAGCACUUUCAACAUGUGGAGGUUUGUCAGGCUUGAUAAGGACACAGCAAGCUGAUUACUUGCUGAAACCACUACCUCCAAGUAUUGCACUUAAGCACAACUUCUCUGCUCCUCACCGCUCUCACGUACUGUAUAAGAGAUCUACUGAGCCUCAGCUGUCAAUUGAUAAUGAGGUAACUGUGAAUGAGAGUCAAAGGGAAGUGGAUGGUCACAAUAAUGUUUUUCAAGAAACCCAGCACCAUCGCAAUUCUGGGCAGCAGCAAAAACGGCACUUUUGUGGGAGGCGCAAGAAAUAUAUGCCCCAGCCUCCAAGUGGAGAUACCUAUAUCUUACCUGAUGAAUAUAAAUACCUGCUGCGCAGCAAGCGAUCUCUUCUGAAAGCCCACAAGAACAAGGAGCUGAAUGUUGAGACUUUAGUGGUGGUUGACAAAAAGAUGAUGCAUAACCAUGGGCUGGACAAUAUUACUACUUAUGUCCUGACAAUACUUAAUAUGGUUUCUGCUUUGUUCAGAGAUGGAACAAUAGGUGGCAAUAUUAACAUUGCAGUUGUUGGCUUGAUACUUUUGGAAGAAGAGCAGCCAGGGCUCAUGAUCAACCACCAUGCAGACCAUACCCUGAGUAGUUUUUGCCAGUGGCAGUCUGGGCUAGUGGGAAAAGACGGCAGCCGCCAUGACCAUGCAAUUUUACUUACUGGCCUGGAUAUAUGUUCCUGGAAGAAUGAGCCAUGCGAUACACUAGGAUUUGCUCCGAUAAGUGGAAUGUGCAGUAAAUAUCGCAGCUGCACUGUUAAUGAAGAUACAGGGCUAGGACUGGCCUUUACUAUUGCUCAUGAGUCUGGACACAACUUUGGCAUGGUCCAUGAUGGAGAAGGAAAUAUUUGCAAAAAAUCUGAAGGUAACAUCAUGUCACCCACCCUGGCAGGACACAACGGAGUCUUCUCCUGGUCAGCAUGUAGUCGUCAGUAUCUCUACAAGUUUCUGAGCUCUGCUCAGUCCUUGUGUCUUGCUGAUGAGCCUAAGCCUGUGCAUGAGUAUAAGUAUCCAGAAAAGCUGCCAGGAGAGCUGUAUGAUGCGGCCACUCAAUGCAAGUGGCAGUUUGGGGAGAAAGCCAAGUUGUGCAUGAUGGACUUCAAAAAGGACAUUUGCAAAGCAUUGUGGUGUCAUCGUAUUGGCAGAAAAUGUGAAACCAAAUUCAUGCCAGCUGCAGAAGGUACAAUGUGUGGUUAUGACAUGUGGUGUCGUGGUGGUCAGUGUGUGAAGUAUGGUGAUGAAGGACCCAAGCCUAUCCAUGGGGCUUGGUCAGAGUGGUCCAGAUGGUCGCCAUGUUCCAGGACCUGUGGAGGAGGCAUCUCUCAUCGAGAACGAAAUUGUACUAAUCCAAGACCAUCCCAUGGAGGAAAGUUCUGUGAAGGUUCCCCUCGGAUGUUGAAGCUCUGCAACAGACAGAAGUGCCCAAAGAACAGCAUUGGCUUCAGAGCUGCCCAGUGUGCCGAAUUCAACAGCAAGCAGUUUAGAGGAUGGAACUACAAGUGGAAACCUUACACUCAAGUGGAAGAUCAAGACUUGUGCAAGCUAUACUGUAUUGCAGAAGGCUUUGAUUUCUUCUUUUCUCUGUCAAACAAAGUAAAAGAUGGGACCCCAUGUUCAGAGGACAGCCCUAAUGUUUGUAUUGAAGGGAUUUGUGAGACUGUUGGCUGUGAUCAUGUCUUAGGCUCCAGUGCUGUGGAAGAUGCUUGUGGAGUAUGCAAAGGAGAUAAUUCAAGUUGUAAAAUCUAUAAGGGGCAGUACACAAAAUACCACCCUACAAAUCAGUACUAUACACUAGUAACCAUCCCUGCCGGAGCACGCAACAUCCACGUGUACGAAAUGGACAUCUCCAAUUCCUACAUAGCUCUCCGCAAUACCAAUAAAAAAUAUUACCUCAAUGGCUAUUGGACUGUGGACUGGCCAGGGAGAUAUAAGUUUGCUGGAUCUGUGUUUGACUACCGGAGGCCAUAUAAUCAACCAGAGACACUAAGCACUCCUGGACCUACAAAUGAAAGUGUGGUAAUAGAGCUUCUCUCUCAAGGUAAAAACCCAGGAAUCACCUGGGAAUAUUCCCUUCCUAAGGUAGAAGAUGAAAAAAUGACAGCACUGAAGCAUAACUAUACAUGGGCCAUCAUCCAUUCUCAGUGCUCAGUCUCAUGUGGAGGAGGUCAAAUGGUCACAAAAGAAAGAUGCUACAAAGAUCUGCAAGUGCAAGUAGAUGCUUCUUUUUGCAGUCCCAAGAAUCAACCAGCUAGUGGAAUUGUUUCUUGCAAAAUGCCAGCUUGUCCUCCCAGCUGGUCUGUUGGUAACUGGAGUGAGUGCAGCAUGACUUGUGGAGCAGGGGAGAGGUUCCGGUAUGUUCGCUGCAUGCAGAGAAUUCAGUACAAGCCAGAAUGGGUAUCAGACUCUCUGUGUCGACCCCCUGCCCCAGUAACCAGGGAGCUCUGCAACACUCAAAGCUGUCCUCCCAUCUGGAGCACUGGGUCCUGGUCUGAGUGCUCUCGAACAUGUGGGAAAGGCUGGAGAAAGAGAGUGGUUGUGUGUAAAAGUUCCAUUUCAUCUCCCUGGGCUCCAGUUCUAUCGGAUGCUGCCUGUGCAGCAGAACUGAAACCGAAAAUGCAAGAAGCCUGCCUCCUUAAGCGAUGUCAUAAACACAAGAAACUACAGUGGUUUGUGUCCACAUGGUCUGAGUGCUCUGUGACAUGUGGAAAGGGAUUACAAAGACGAACACUGAAAUGUGCAGAAAAAUAUGUUUCUGGAAAAUACAGGGAACUUGCGCCUAAGAAGUGUUCUCACCUGCAGAAACUGAACAUAGAACUGGAAAAAGCCUGCAUUUUAAACUCAUGCCCCAGAUACCCUGUGCAUUCACUAGUCAGCCAGGGCAGCUGGGUCUCCUCUUCGUGGUCUCAGUGCACUGCAACCUGUGGAGGUGGCACGCAGGUGAGGUCCGUUCAGUGCCUAGCGCAUGGGAGGUCAGCCACAGGAUGUCUCUUGCAUCAGAAGCCCAUUGCCUCACAAGCCUGUAAUACCAACUUCUGCCCACUUCCCGAAAAGAAAGAUUUCUUCUGCAAAGAUUACUUUAAUUGGUGCCACUUGGUUCCCCAGCACGGUGUUUGUAAUCAUAACUUCUAUGGUAAACAAUGCUGCAGGUCUUGUAUCAAGUCAAAUCUGUAACUAAAACUUGGUUCUCGGAUAUGAAGCAUCGUUUUGAGUACAAAAUGAACUGCAUGUUCUUACUUGGGGCUGUGCCCAAUCAAGACAAAAGUCUCGAGAAUGACUGCCAUUUGCUCUGAAGCGUUCUUUUCAUUAAUCAGUGAGCCCAGGUACAAGUAUAGUCAAGCACUAUGCAGAUGGGUGAAGUGUCUCAAAUCCUUUUCAGUAUUUUAAUGGGAUCCAUGGUGCUGUUUUCUGCCAGGCAUCUUGUUCUUAAGAGGAGCAGGGAAAAGGGAACAGUUUUCCAAGUUAUAAACCUCACAGGGGCAGAGUUGAAUCUUAUGAACAUCACAGGGGCAGAGUUGAUUCUCAUCAUCUUUUGAGAAGACUUUGAAGAGGUGCCUGGAGGAUGAAUGUCUGAAACCAGCAACAGAGCAAUUUGCUGAGCCUCAAAGAGGACUUGGUUUCUUUUUACCUCAGUUCCCACUGCCCCAUUGCAAUCAAUGGGAGCUGUGCAAGAACACUACUGCACAUGAGCGUUUCCAUGGGGCUCACACUAGAGAACUUCCUAUUGGAUUCUGCCUGAAAUAUUUAUUAUUUCUUAGAAUGGUGCUCUUGCAAAGCCAAUAUAUAGGCAAUGUUCAUUUGUACUGUGAGUAUAAUCCGCGGCAAGGUUCUCCUGAACAAGUUCCAUUCAAAGAAUGAGAGCAGCUCAAGAACGCUCUGGUGCUCCAUUUAUUCAGUGAUGCUUACAGGAACUCAAGACAUAGUCUCCUAAUGCUCUUGUGCAGCAGCUCCCAUCCAUUUCAAAGGGACCUCACACAGAAGGACUCCCUGGUGGAUAGCACUGUUCACCUGCAGCCUCGUGCCAGCCAUCCUGGCGUUAACAUUUAUAAAUGACCUAUGAAAUCAAAAUACGGUCACUGACUAUAACAAUCAAAAUAUACUUGAGGCAUUUUUGCCAUUUUUAAGAAAUCUGAAUUGCUUUAGUUAGAUCUGUCAUUUUUAAUGAAUUUGGAGAAACCAACAGGCCUCAGGGUGUUCUUUCUCCUUCUUGAUUUCUGUCAGAUAAUAAAAUCCUUUAUAUUUGAUGUUUUCAAAUGAGUGAUCUUAUUUAAAUGUCCUUGUUUUAUGCUUUACCAUUAAGUAUAAAAAGAGUGUCCUGCCAUCAGUGUUACUUAAAUGGCUGAUUUUACCAAAAUUUUGUUGUUUGCAUUUAAACUUAAGGUACUACUGCUUUAUAUUCCAGCACCAUAGUAGCAUAAUAAACCUAUGCUUUGAAACAUAUUUUUGGCAUUUCAGUAGCUAUUUAGGACAACUGGAAACUGUUUCACAAGUUUAGAAGCUGCACAGAAUACUAACAUGAGGGGCUAUAUGUAUUUUGCAGUACCAUGGGAGUUCAAUGUUGAGGUAUUGAAUGCAGAAUGCUGCUUCCUGAGAAUUUCAGCUCUCAUGAAGCAAAGCAAGCUUCUAGCCAUUGUGGCUGAAAAGGGAUGCUUGAAAGUGUGUGGGUCCCAUGGCUGCUGAAGUUUCAGAUGCCAGAGCAGCUGCUGAAUAAGAGUUCCAUUGUUUGGGGUGGGGCUUCAAUGGGACUGUAUAACUGAUGUCCCUUCCCCAUUAAAUGUGUAAAAUAAAGGGGAAAUGCAAACUUUAAUGCAUACUUUAUAAAGGUCACAGAAUUUUGGUUAUUUUGGGUGGAGAAUUUGGCUUGCCCUGGUGCAGAAACUUUCCUUCUUAAAACACAGGGUAUACACAGCCCUGACUCAAAUGUACACUGCAACUACAGCAUAGGUGCUGCCUUAAGAUUUUCUGGUGCUGUCACUCCAAAUGGGAAUCUGAAUAUUUAUAUUACCUGAAAUGUAAUUAAAAAAAUUUAUUUGUUUCUC